GGCGGUAUUAACGCCUUACCCCUGAGACAGAGACUCUUGUUUUCCACAUUGAGAGCAUCAUCAGAAUGACAUCAUUGCUCAUCAGUAACUCGUUUAACGUUCUAGUCAAUUAAUAGCAACCUGACUAAAGCAGCCAACCAACGUGUCAGCGAUGGAGAUUAUUUUUUCGCCAAAGUGAACCAACAAAAUGAAGAUGAAGUCACACAGUCUUGGGGAAGCAGCUCUUUGGAUGCGUGAAGGGACAGGGAAGUUUUCAAACUCUUCCGACUUAAAUAGCACAGAGCUCGAGCCUCUCCUCCUGUCGCGUGCAGUCCCGCUCGGCUUGGCUUUGGGGACUUUCAUUAUCUUUGCGGUGGCCGGAAACAUCUUGGUGAUACUGUCCGUGAUGUGCAAUAGGCACCUGCGAUCUCCAACUAACUAUUUCAUAGUUAAUCUCGCUAUUGCCGACCUGCUCCUUGGCACAACCGUGUUACCCGUAUCAGCCACAUUGGAAAUAUUGGGUUACUGGGUGUUCGGGAGGAUUUUCUGUGAUGCUUGGGCAGCGGUUGAUGUGUUAUGCUGCACCGCAUCCAUCAUGAGUCUGUGCGUAAUCUCCAUUGACCGUUACAUCGGAGUGAGCCAUCCUUUGCAGUACCCUAACAUCGUGACGGGACGCAGAGCUCUGUUGGCCAUGCUGGGGGUAUGGAUCCUGUCACUGGUCAUCUCCAUUGGACCACUGCUAGGAUGGAAGCAGGCUCCGUCGCCGGACGAAACAGUGUGCGUAAUAACCGAGGAACCCUUUUACGCGCUCUUCUCAUCGCUCGGCUCCUUCUAUAUUCCGUUAAUUGUUAUUCUAGUCAUGUACUGUCGUGUUUACGUGGUGGCUAAACGGACCACGAAGAAUCUGGAAGCCGGCGUGAAGACGGAAACGAUGAAUUCAGGUGAAAUAACGCUGAGGAUUCACAGGGGUUCGCAGGUGCACGAGGACCCCGGCGCGGCAGCCAAGGGUCGCCCGCAUCAGGCGAGGAGUUCUCUGACGGUCAAACUUCUGAAGUUUUCCAGGGAAAAGAAAGCAGCUAAGACCCUAGGGGUUGUGGUUGGCAUGUUUACGUUGUGCUGGAUGCCAUUCUUCCUCACUUUACCAAUUGUCGCGUUCAACCUCAGCCUGCGGCCUCCUGAAACAGUCUACAAAAUCAUCUUCUGGCUCGGUUACUUCAAUAGCUGCCUGAAUCCCAUCAUCUAUCCCUGCUACAGCCGGGAGUUCAAGCUAGCUUUCAUCCGCAUCCUGAAGUGCAGAUGUCACCGCAGAAGACGGCCAGGUUGGAGAGCGUACAACUACCAGGGCUCCCAAAUCAGCUCCUUCUACUCACGGCAAGACUCAAAGGACUCUGUGAACUAUGGUAGUUACCUAAAUGGGAGCCAGAGAACCCUGUCCUCUGCCAACCACAGCCCUAGUUAUCAUACCAAAGGCCUGUCGCACUUCCAGGAGGACGGACCCAGACAUGCCCGGAGCAGGACACCUUCUGUGUUAUCUGAGAGUACUUUGGAUCAUCAUCUUGAGCCUGUGGAGGAAGAUCCAACCCAGUCUGUAGGCAAUCCAGAUCAAGCUGCUUUCAGAAAUUGGCCUCAAGAGCAACUGAAAGAGUGAGGACGUCGAACUAUAAGUGGCACAAGACUACUUUUGUUUUUUUCAGUCGCCUUAACUAUUUUCAUGGACAAGAAUAGUAUGAAGAAAUCAUAUUUCUUUCUAAACUAUUUAAAUCUAGUAUACAACCUGGCGUUAAUGUACAGCACGGUGUGAAUACUCUGGUAUUCUGUAACAAACACAGCAUUAAAGCAAUUGUGCUGAACAUUUUUCAUUCAUUUCCAAUACAAAAUAACUGAUUCCUUGAUUUGCAUGUUGUAUAGCUGCCUUUUAAGAUAUACGUUACACUGAAAUAUUGUUCUUUCAAAAGAACAUUCUUUUUCAUCAUAUAUGAUUAACCAAAGGACAUUAAUACAUUUUACAAAAUGGGUUAGAAGCCUUCUAGAAUGGAAUGAGAAAACAGUUCCCACAUCUCAAGAAUCUAAGAGAGAAUUAUUUAUUUAUCAUCAACAGAUGCAAUUCAGAGGCUCUUCACUGGGUAUAGACAAUGCACUGUACAUUUUAUUUACAUUCAUUUAUCAUAAGCACCCAUGUUCAAGAAAGGGCUUCUAUUAUUUUUUGUUACAAAGAAUCCAGGCUACUCAAUGAAACCCCUUAGGAGAUGGUAAGAACCAGAGAUCGGUUAUCAAUACUGCCUUGAACAUUUUACGUUAGGAAUGGAAAACAAGACUGCACGAAUACACAUUUAUACAACAGUCUUUGAACAGAAUCAACCUUUGACAAUCUCAAGCCGCAAUACAAGAAUGAUCUGAAUAGUGUAAUUAGAAACAUCAUGAUCGGUUUACGGUCCAAAUCACUUAAACACUAAAUCCAAAGCAGAAGUGUAAAUGUCUAAGUAAAAAAUAAAUUACACUUAAGAUUUAGUAGCUGCAACUCAACAUAAAAAGGCUAACAGAAUUUGAAAGAGAAAUAUUCAUAAAUUGAACUGAAUACACUUCCCAUCCCCACCAGCAAAAGAGCAGUUAAUAGUAUGCUGCUAACAUUAAAAAAAGAAAGAAA